AGCAGGUUUUUUCGCUAUAGUCACCCUAUGAAUAGAUCUAAAUAACAACAACAGAAAGGGGCACAUGGCCUAAUUUAUACAAAGAGAGCAGUCCGUGUCAGAGAUUGUAAUCUUUUAACCAUCAAUUACGGUGAUUUAGAUGCUUUCUGGCCGAGGAAUCAGAGCUCAGUCAUUGCUAUCGCGGGCUCUGUUUCCAUUUUUUGCGGGUCUGUUUGGGCGGGUGUCUUCAAUUUUGCCCUUCAAAGCUGCACCCAUUAUGACGGAUAAAACUGCCCCUCAAGUCCGUGAGGGCCAAGCUACCAUCACCUUCCCGAGUGCCGAAGAAGUUUUCUACAAUCCGGUUCAAGAAUAUAAUCGCGAUCUCAGCGUUGCCGUGAUUCGCUUAUAUGUGAAGCAGCUUUUAGCAAAGGACCCUACCAAGGCGGGUAAAGUCAAUGUGAUGGAGGCUUUAUCAGCCUCGGGGUUGCGUUCGAUUCGCUAUGCCAAAGAAAUUCCUGGCCUAGAUAAAAUUGUGGCCAACGAUAUUUCCAAAAAAGCCGUGGAAACAAUUCGUCGGAACAUUAUCAAUAAUGGCGUAGAGGAAUUAGUUCAGCCAUCACACAAUGAUGCGUCGAUGGCCAUGUAUUUGAAACGCAAACCCGAGGACCGGUUCCAAAUCAUUGACCUCGAUCCGUACGGUUCGCCCACCCCGUUCUUGGAUGCGGCCGUUCAGAGCACCGUAGAUGGAGGUCUACUUUGCGUCACUUGCACGGAUAUGGCCGUCCUAUGCGGGAACGCGACGGAAACCUGCUAUACGAAAUACGGAGCCAUCUCACUGAAGGCCAAGUCUUGUCAUGAGAUAGCGCUACGGAUUGUGAUUGCUUGCGUCGAGUCGCAUGCCAAUCGGUACGGUCGCUACAUCGAGCCUAUUCUCUCGUUGAGCAUCGAUUUCUAUUGCCGGAUUUUUUUCCGGAUAAACACCAGUCAGGCUAUGUGCAAGCGAACCACGAGUAAAUUGGGGCACUUAUACCAAUGCAAUGGUUGUGAAACGCUGAGCUUUCAACCACUGGGCCAACUGGUACCCAACGAUAACAACGGGAAAAAUUUCAAAUACAAGCUGGUGUCGGGUCCGCCUGUGAACAAGCAUUGCAGCCAUUGUCAAAACACGCAUCAAGUGGGCGGACCCAUUUGGAUUGCUCCUAUUCACGAUCAACAUUUUGUGAGCGAGCUUCUGGUAUCAUUGGAUAAUCACGAAUAUCAGACAGUCGAGCGCAUGAAGGGCAUGCUAACCGUAGCUGCUGAAGAGUUGCCUGAUGUGCCAUUGUAUUAUCAACAAGACCGACUUUGUGCCAUGGUCAAAACCGGUUCGGGGAAAAUGACCGUCUUUCGGUCGGCCCUGCUCAAUGCUGGAUACAGGGUAUCCUUAUCCCAUGCGAACAAGAUGGCCAUUAAGACUGAUGCUCCAGCUGAAUUCAUUUGGGAUAUGAUGAGAGUGUGGAGGAAGUCGAAUUCACAGUCCGAUCUCAAACCGGGCACCACGGCCUUCGCAUUGAUGGCCACAACCCCGAAACACGAAGUGUCUUUUGAAACGCACACGGAGGCGAAUCCAGAUUCAAGGAAACUUCAACUCAAACGGUUUCAAGUGAACCCAGAACGCAACUGGGGACCCAAAUCAAGGGCGAGUGCGGGCAAUUUCGACGACAGUGAAAAGCGACGACAAAACCAAGGCAAGAAACGCAAGCAAGAUCCCGCAGAUCCCGUCGCCAUGGAGUUGGCAGAACCUCGCGUAGAUCCGAAACAGAUCAAGACGGUGAAGGAUCAACUGUGACUUUUACAGUUUUUAUUCUUAGCCUUAUUCAUGAACUGCGUUGAAUGACGACAAAUAUGGUGGUUCUUGUUUCACUUGAACAAAAUAAAUUUAUUCUCUCGUUUCGA